CGUCCUCAUAUUAUGACGGCGAGUCGCGACAGCUGCUGCUACACGGUGUGCCACGCGCUGCUCGCUUCCCUUCCACUCGCUGAGAAUCGACCCCGAAAGCUCGAGAAGCACGAGGAUCUUUUCCGUCUGCACUCGAACAAGUUCGCGUCGCAUCCCACCUUCGAAUCCGACCCGUUCCGUCCGAGUUCUCCUUGUCGAUCGAGAGAACUCCGCAGAACCUCUCUUGUGAGGCCGCCGACGGAGAAUGCCGCAAGGCCACAGCCGUCUGGGAGCCGGCGGCCGCUCCACGCCCUCUCCGCCCUCUUCGCCGCGGUUCCGCCACGGCCGGAACAAGAGCUCCGGCGGCGGCAGGGGGUCGAAGAAGAGCCUGGUGGAGAAACUGGUGUUGGCGGUCGUGUCGGCGGUUUUUAGGCGGAGAGGCGUGCUCUUGUUCGCGCCGGUGUUGUACAUUACUGGUAUGGUGUUGUAUAUGGGGUCUUUCGGGUUCGACGUUGGGGUGAGGAUGAAUGCGGGCGGUCCUGCGCCUCCGGGAUCUGUGUACAGGAGUCCUCAGGUCUUCGAGAAACUGUGGCCUUUGAUGGAGAACGAAAGCAAUUCCAGCUUUAACGCGUUGACAAUGGCAUGGAGUCAAACAUUACAUCAAAGUUGGCAGCCUUGUGGUAGCAUGACCAUCUGUCAAACAGGGUCCAAAGAAUUGCCAGAAUCGAAUGGUUUCCUUAUAAUUGAAGCAAAUGGUGGGUUAAACCAACAACGCUUGUCGAUAUGUGAUGCGGUGGCAGUAGCUGGACUGCUGAAUGCAACUCUGGUUAUACCUAUUUUUCAUCUGAACAGUGUUUGGCAAGAUUCCAGCAACUUCUCAGACAUAUUUGAUGAAGAUUUUUUCAUUGAUUCUCUCAAGAAUAAUGUAAAGAUAGUCAGAGAACUCCCAGAGGAUAUGCUUCAGCAAUUUGACUAUAACAUAAGCAGCAUAGUAAAUUUAAGAGUAAAAGGAUGGUCCACUCGUAACCAUUAUCUUGAAAAGGUCCUUCCAAGGAUGAAGGAACUCGGAGCUGUGCGCAUUGCCCCUUUUUCCAACAGAUUGGCAAAUGCAGUUCCUUCACCGGUACAAUGUCUCAGAUGCUUAGCCAAUUUUGAAGCGCUGAGGUUCGCAGAACCUAUAAGAGUUCUUGCUGAGAGGAUGGUUCAAAGAAUGACUAGGAGAAGCUCAGAAGGUGGGGGCAGAUAUGUGUCGGUGCAUCUUAGAUUUGAGAAGGAUAUGGUUGCCUUUUCAUGCUGCAAAUAUGAUGGUGGAGAGGAGGAGAAACGUGAAAUGGAUAUUGCUCGAGAAAAAGGAUGGAGAGGAAAAUUUAGGAGAAAAGGAAGAGUGAUAAAACCUGGCGCAAAUCGGAUGGAUGGAAAAUGCCCUCUUACUCCGCUGGAGGUGGGCAUGAUGCUUAGGGGCAUGGGUUUUGAUAACACCACUUCAGUAUAUGUGGCAGCUGGAAAAAUUUAUAAAGAAGAAAAGUUCAUGGCCCCUCUUAAGUUGAUGUUUCCAUACCUACAAACAAAGAAUACCCUUGCCACUCCCGAAGAACUAGCUCCAUUCAAGGGCUUCUCAUCUAGAUUGGCAGCUCUUGAUUAUUCAGUUUGCCUUCAGAGUGAGGUAUUUGUGACAACCCAAGGUGGAAACUUUCCUCACUUCUUGAUUGGCCAUAGACGGUACUUAUUUGGAGGCCAUGCCAAGACAAUUAGGCCCGACAAAAGGAAAUUGGCAUUGUUGUUCGAUAACCCCAAAAUCAGGUGGGAGAAUUUCAAGCGCCAGAUGCAAGCUAUGCUUCACCGAAGUGAUGUUAAGGGAAGUGAGCUCAGAAAGCCUGGGGGCUCACUAUACACUUUUCCCAUGCCAGAUUGCAUGUGUAAGCAAAACAAGAUGAAACAUAAACAUUGAUAUAAGAAUAACAAUCAUCUGGAAUAUUGUAAGGAUACGUGUCGUAUAGGUUACAAGUUUAUCACUCGUUGUGUGUUAUAGAGUAUCACACGGUGAUUUUGUAAAUGUCAAUUCUUUUAUCACAAGGGAAAGGCUAAUUUUGAUUCUCUCCAACUCUUUGGCCACUGUAACUGCUCUUCCAAGUACAAAUUCUUUUAUAUUUUAGAUAGUGCCCCUGAAAUUAUGGGUCCUGAAAAUGAUUGGAAGAUGAGAAAUUAAAGUUAGUUAUCGUAUAAAAAUCAAGUGGCAUGGCUUCUCCCUCAUGUGGAUUGAGGUGAGCCUGUGUUCUUUUCUUGUCUAUCUAUCAAAUGCCUGUAGGUUACAUGCUGUUUGCUUAGAUCUGCUAUCUGUCUGAGAGCAUGGUCAUCGUCAGAGUUGCAAUGGAAUGACCAAAUCAUGUACUUUUAUGCACCCGGAGGACCCACUUGUAGAUUAUUCUUUAAGUUCAGUGGAUUUUCAUUGUGAUUUUGCUUUCUACUUUGUCUUACAUUUUCAUGAUGUUUUUUACUCUAUCGUUGUGAGUCAUGACAGGUUUUAAAUAGCCAA